GGCUGCGCCCCCUCUGCCCCUGGGCGGGUCGGGGGGACCGGAAUGGAGGGAUCCCGCGUCACUCAGGGGCAGGGCGAGGAGUGGCGGCCCCCGCCGGGAGCCGGGGCUGCAGUCGCGGGGCAGCGGCGGCACCAUGCGGACGGCUCCGAGGGACGCGGUGACCAUCCUCCUCCUCCUCCUCCUGGUGCGCGCGGCGGCCGCGCUGGAUUUCAGGUACCACCACACUGAGGAGCUGGAAGCCUACCUGAAGGGCAUCCGCGCCGCCCACCCGGCCAUCACCCACCUGCACAGCAUCGGCCGCUCGGUGGAAGGUAGAGACCUGUGGGUCCUUGUUCUGGGAAGGUUUCCAACCCAUCAUAAGAUUGGCAUUCCAGAGUUCAAGUAUGUUGCUAAUAUGCAUGGGGAUGAGACUGUUGGGAGAGAACUCCUGCUCCAUUUGAUAGACUUCCUGGUGACCAGCUAUGGACGUGACCCAGUUAUUACCAAGCUACUCAAUAAUACCCGCAUUCAUAUCAUGCCAACAAUGAACCCUGAUGGAUUUGAAGCUACGAAAGUGCCUCAUUGCUAUUACUCACAGGGACGGUUCAAUAAGAACGGAGAAGAUCUGAACAGAAAUUUUCCUGAUGCCUUUGAAAAUAACAACGCUACCAUUCAGCCGGAGACUCGAGCAGUAAUGAACUGGAUCAAAAAUGAAACGUUUGUUCUCUCAGCAAACUUGCACGGGGGUGCGCUGGUUGCCAGUUACACCUUUGAUAAUGGUAACUCAGUUACCGGCUCUUUGCAAGGCUAUAGCAGGUCUCCAGAUGACGAUGUCUUUAUUCAUUUGGCAAAAACCUACUCCUACAACCAUGCCAGGAUGCACAAAGGGAUUGGGUGUGACAACAGACAGACCUUUUCAGAAGGCAUUACCAACGGGUAUUCCUGGUACCGGCUGGAAGGUGGAAUGCAAGAUUACAACUAUGUGUGGGGACAGUGUUUUGAAAUUACGUUGGAGCUGUCAUGCUGUAAAUAUCCUCCAGAAGACCAGCUGGAAAAGUUCUGGAGAGACAACAAAGUUGCUCUGAUUGAAUAUAUAAAACAAGUACACCUAGGUGUCAAAGGUCAAGUUACCGAUGGGAAUGGGAAUCCUAUUCCCAAUGCCAUUGUGGAAGCCCAAGGAAGACCUCAUGUCUGCCCUUAUCGAACAAAUCAACAAGGGGAGUACUUUCUUCUCCUUUUGCCUGGGACCUAUGAGAUCAAUGCGACUGUACCAGGAUUUAAAUCAAUGGUGAAGACAGUAGAAAUACCUGACAAUACUGGUAACUUCAGUGCUUUGAAACAAGACUUCUCCUUCUCGGAGGUCUCCUUCCAAUCAAGAGCUGCUUCAUGUCCCAAAACACCGCUCUACCAAGAGUUUGAACGGUCUUCAGCUGCAGUAAAAGCAACUCCACAUGUCUUGGCUUUAAUAACCAUUGUGCUUGUAAUUUUCAAAUAAAGCCAGGAAUGACAUCAGAUGGCAAGGCAAAAUCCUCCUGCUCAAAUGUGGCUUUUCGGACAAGGAAUUGUAUAUGCAAAAGAAUGUAUGUUUUUAUAAACCGAAUUCUCAGAUUCACAGUUUACUCUAUUUUGUAAAAUACUGGCUCAACGGUCAAAUGUUUUACUUCCAUUAUAAUAGCCUGUGAUAUUUUUCUACAUAAAUAUUUUACUCUCAAGAAAUUCUGUCCAGCCUGCGGAGACGACUGCGGAGUUUUGAUGCAGAAAAUACAAACACCUUCUGAAAAAUUUGCCCGAGUUUAAAAAAAAAGUCAAGGAUUGUACUGCAACCGUUUCAUGUAAACUCAGGUUCCUCAUUGCGCCAACAGCCAAAGUGCCACACAACUGUAAGUAAUUCAAGCCUAAUUUUUCAUAAUAAAGCCACUGCUGUAAAUGAGGAAUGGUAUUUU